AUGACCAGAAAGUUGAACGUUUCUGGAAGAGGAUUGUUGACUACUACAACGCAAACCCUCAAAUGGUUGGGACAAUAUCUAGAGAGCUUGGUCCGUGCAAGUAGAGGUGGGCUAGGAUUAACGAGCAAGUCUAGAAGUGAUCAGAAUGAUGAUGAUGUGAUGAAAGAUGCCCUCGACUCAUUCUUCAACAUUUACGAGCACAAGUUCAGCCUCGAACAUGCGUGGAGGGAGCUGAGGCAUGACCAGAAAUGGUGCUUCACCUAUAUCGUUAAAGACGGUGGGAAGGACAAGCGCAAAGAAGUGGUGGACUUUGAUAGAGAAGAUGAAGUUGUCGAACCUGAAAGUAGACCAGUUGAUGUGAAAGCUGCUAAAGCUGCUAGUAAGAGGAAGAAGAGUGGCAAAGAAGAAGAGAUGUCACAGCUACAGACUACCAUGGAAAUGAAAGAAAAACUUUAUAAACAGAAAAUUCUAGAUCGUUUACUUGCCAAAAAAGAUCCACUAUCUGAGAUGAAAGAAACUCUUAAACUCAAACUCAUGUCUGAGAUGUUAUGA